AUGACAAAGAAAAAGCCUCCGUCUGGACGUCCUGUGAGCGCUAAUCCAGCACAAGGGAAUGAGGAUGAGAGUAUCUACCUAAAGCUCAGUGAUAUUCCCUAUGACUUGAUGCGUUUCAACAUUUCAAUGAAGAAGGGUGUUGAUCGUCGCGAAGCUCGAAAAGCCUUGUUGUUACGAAUGGGUGCAGCUCCACCGAAGAAACAGUUCAUCAACUACAAACAACUCAUGCGGGAUAAAGCCGAAAGCAAAGCGAAGGCAGCCUUGCUCCCGGUUGAUGUAUGUAUUGUUGAACCUGUUUCUCAUUGA